GAUCGCACAGGCCGGAAUUCAGGUGGCACGCAAAGGCCGGAAGUCAGAGAAGCAGACAGGACGGAGGAUAAGCUCUAUGUUUUGGAGGGGUAGUAUAUAGAGGAACACGGGUCUGUACAAGAACGUGAUGAUGGAGAAUCACCGGCCCCUCACACCACUGGAUGGACCCAGUAACAGAGAUACACCAGAGAGAUGUCCCUGUCCUCUGUAUUCCCAGGAUUGUACAGAGGAGAAUCACACGAUCCCACAGGAGGAUCAGGUUGAAUAUAUUACUAAUAUUAAGGCAGAAGAUAUAGAGGAAGAAGAAGAGACAUACGUGACUGAUAUAAAGUUAGAACCUAUGGAGGGAGAAGAAGAGACGUAUGUGACUGAUAUCAAGGUAGAACCUAUGGAGGGAGAAGAAGAAACGUAUGUGAGGGGUGAUCAGCAGUGUAAGGAGGAGGAAAUCCCUACAGAUAUCAGCACAGCAGAUGGAGGCACAAGCAGGAAGACCUCGGAGGGAGAUCUCAUUUUGUCUUCAGAUUUUAAAAUAGAAGAUAACAUCACACAGGAUUCUCCAGAAGACAUCCCCGUUACUCUAAAUAUUCAUCCUGUACCCCAGAGUGCUGAUCUAUCAUCUGAUCCCUCUGAUCAUGGGGAAUGUUCUCCCGAUAACUUAAAUAUUGCUCCACACAGUAUAGCUCAUACAGGUGAUUCAGUCUUUAUCUGUUCAGAGUGUGGUAAAAGUUUUGUACAUCAGUCAGUGUUUGUUAUACAUCAGAAACGUCACGCAGGUAAGAAACCAUUUCCAUGCUCUGAGUGCGGGAAAUGUUUUACACAGAAAUCACAUAUUGCUGAACACCAGAGAAGUCACACAGGUGAGAAACCAUUUCCAUGCUCUCAGUGUGGAAAAUGUUUUACACAAAAAAAAGUUCUUGUUAAACAUCAGAGAACUCACACGGGUGAGAAACCAUUUAGAUGCUCUGAGUGUGGGAAAUGUUUUACACAGAAAUCACAUCUUUCUGAACACCAGAAAACUCACACAGGUGAGAAACCAUUUCCAUGCUCUGAGUGUGGGAAAUGUUUUACACAGAAAUCAGCUGUUAUUACACAUCAGAAAAGUCACACAGGUGAGAAACCAUUCCCAUGCUCUGAGUGUGGGAAAUGUUUUAUACAGAAAUCAGCUCUUGUUAAACAUCAGAGAAGUCACACAGGUGAGAGGCCAUUUCCAUGUUCUGAGUGUGGGAAAUGUUUUACACAAAAAGAAGUUCUUUUUAAUCAUCAGAGAACUCACACGGGUGAGAAGCCAUUUUCAUGCUCCGAGUGUGGGAAAUGUUAUACACACAAAUCACAGCUUGUUAUACAUCAGAGAAGUCACACAGGCGAGAAGCCAUUUCCAUGCUUUGAGUGUGGAAAAUGUUACACAAAGAAAUCAGAUCUUGUUAUACAUCAGAGAAGUCACACAGGUGAGAAACCAUUUCCAUGUUCUGAGUGUGGGAAAUGUUUUACACAGAAAUCACAUCUUGUUACACAUCAGAAAAUUCACAUGAGGAGGAAUAUUGUUCUAACAUUUAAUAUUGAUAAACACCGGAUAGAUUUCCUAGACCUUAGUUUAUAUGUGGAAGAAGGGGUUCUAAAAACGAAGAAUUUCAUCAAGCCAACUGAUUCAAGGGCAUAUAUCCAAAGGGACAGUUGUCAUCACGACAACUGGUUAAAAUCGAUACCUAUAGGGCAGUUCAAAAGGUUAAGACGGAACUGCACUGAAAACUCUACUUUUAAUGAACAGGCGGCUGAAAUGAAAGAUAACUUUUUAGCCUGUGGCUAUGAUGAGAAAAGUGUCCUGAGCUCAUUAGAAAUCGCCCAAAACACUGACAGAAAAGAUCUUAUAUAUAAAGAACGGAAGACAAAUAGGGAAGAUGAAAGAUUUAAGUGGGCCUUUACAACACAGUUCACCUCACAACAUAAACAAGUAGAAGGGGUUCUGAAGAAACACUGGAAUUUGUUAAAAAGGGAUCCGGUCAUUGGAAAUGAUAUCCCUGAAAAACCUCUGUGCAUAUUUAGAAGAGCACCAAACCUUAAAUCACAGCUGGUUAAAAGUUUAUGCCCAACACCAGUAAACAUCCCCACGAUAACAUCAAAAGGUUUCUAUAGAUGUGGAGACUGUGUAGGAUGCAAGAACGUAAAGAAUACUUUUGGCAACAAAAAAGAGGAUGUCAACAUAAAUGGGAAAACGUUCAUUGAUUCAUUGAGUAUGGACAUGGACAAGAAUCCUAUAAAUGAGAGGAUAAUGCAGCUCACCCUGGAGAUCAUCUACCUACUGACUGGGGAGGAAUACACAAUAGUGAAGAAGACAUCCAGUGAGUGUGAGACACCCAGCAGCCGUCCCCAUGUGUCAGGACUGAGCAGGACCCAGAGCCCCAUCACGGUGCCUCCACAUUGCUCACUGAUUCAUGAGAGACACAAUGACCAGAAGAUCCUGGAUCUCACCAACAAGAUCAUUCAGCUGCUGACUGGAGAGGAGGGGGAGUGUAUAGAGGAACACAGGGGUCUGUACAAGGACGUGAUGAUGGAGAAUCACCGGCCCCUCACAUCACUGGAUGGACCCAGUAACAGAGAGACCCCAGAGAGAUGUCCCCGUCCUCUGUAUUCCCAGGACUUUACAGAGGAGAAUCCCAGGAUCCGAAAGCAGGGUCAGGAUGAAGAUCUGAGUAAUAUUAAUACACGUUGUAUAGAGGGAGAAGAAGAGACGUAUGUGAGGGAUGAUCGGCAGUGUAAGGAGGAGAAAAUCCCUACAGAUAUCAGCGCAGCAGACGGAGGCACAAGCGGGAAGACCUCAGAGCGAGAUCACAUUUUGUCUCCAGAUUUUAAAAUGCAAGAUAACAUUACUCAGUAUUAUCGAGGAGAAAACCCCAAUACAGUAGAUAUACAUCCAGUACCUGACAGUGCAGAGAUAUCAUCUGAUCCCUCUAAUUGUGAGGAAUAUCUCUCAGAUAUUGCUACACAUAGUGCUGCUCUUACAUUUGACUCAGUCUUUAUUUGUUCUGACUGUGGUCAAAGUUUUGUAAAUCAGUCCGUGUUUGUUAAACAUCAAAGAAGUCACACAACUGAGAAACCAUUUCCAUGUUUUCUGUGUGGGAAAUGUUUUUCACAGAAAUCAAAUCUUGUUACACAUCAGAGAACUCACACAGGUGAGAAACCAUUUCCAUGCUCUUUUUGUGGGAAACGUUUUACACAGAAAUCAGAUCUUGUUACACAUGAGAGAGGUCAUACAGGUGAGAAACCAUUUUCAUGUUCACUGUGUGGGAAAUGUUUUACACAGAAAUCAAAUCUUGUUACACAUCAGAGAACUCACACAGGUGAGAAACCAUUUCCAUGCUCUUUGUGUGGGAAACGUUUUACACAGAAAUCAGAUCUCGUUACACAUGAGAGAGGUCAUACAGGUGAGAAACCAUUUGCAUGUACUCAGUGUGGGAAAUGUUUUACACAGAAAUCCAAUCUUGUUACACAUCAGAGAACUCACACAGGCGAGAAGCCAUUUGCGUGCUCUGUGUGUGAGAAACGUUUUACGCAGAAAUCCGAUCUUGUUACACAUCAGAGAAGUCACACAGGUGAGAAACCAUUUCCAUGUUCUGAGUGUGGGAAAUGUUUUACACAAAAAUCAAAUCUUGUUACACAUCAGAGAACUCACACAGGUGAGAAACCAUUUCCAUGCACUGUGUGUGGGAAACGUUUUACACAGAAAUCCGAUCUGGUUACACAUUCGAGAACUCACACAGCUGUGUAACCAUUCCACAUAUUGAGUGUGUAAAACAUUGCACACUGAAAUCCAUACCUUGUUACACAUCUGAAAAUUCAUAUAAGGGAGGACUGACUGGCAUGGGGUGAUGUCUGGUAUAAGUGCGUGUCUGAGAGGAAUGUUCAUAGGUCUGAAUGUCAUGCUUUUCAGUGCUGGCGGGAUCUGUGGGAAUAUUUUAUGACAUUAUAGAGAUGUGAGGGGCAAUUUGGGAUGAAUGAUGUGGGCUUUCCAGGGAUGUAUUAAUUAUUAUUAUUUUUUUUCUCUUUCAUUUCUGUAAGUGAUUAUGUGUAUUUCUUUUGCAUGCUGUAGGGCUGCACAUGCUGUCUUAUGCGUAUAUCUGGAUCAUAGAGUUAGUGUAUGUAGAAAGGUAAUUAUGAAAAUUUAAGGUCAUGAUAAAGUGUAAGUAAAAUAUAUACAGUCUGAUAGGUGUGUGGUAUGGAGGGUCAACAGUGUCUAGGUCGACCGCUAUUGGUCGACAGGGUUUCUAGGUCGACAUGAGUUUUUUGUUGUCGUUUUCUCCGUACAGUGACCGGGAACCCCAAUUAGUGCACCGUGUCCGUUUGCAGUACUUCGGGUACCGUGCCUCGCUCCACUACCGCAGAGCUCGGCCCAGUUUACUAUUCCCAAUCGUAGUCCAUGUGGAUCGUUAAGUAUGAAAAAGUUCAAAAAAAAUUUAACUUUUUUUAAAAAACUCAUGUCGACCUUUUGCCCUGUUGACCCAGUUACUGUCCACCAAUAGUGGUCGACCUAGAGACCGGAUCCUGUCUGAUAGUGUAGUAAAUGCUUAAAAUAAAACAAAAGAAAAAAAAACAUUCAAAUUGCAAAAUUGAAAACGAUGAUGUAAGGUGGCAGGGGGUAAUAUAAUAUUAGUGUGUGAUGUACUUAAUGAGAGCACGAUAAAGGAAGAGUGUAAGAGAAGGGCAAUAUGGAAGCAGUGACAGAUGUAAUAAUGUCCUGCAUCCAUGUGAUAUAAACAGUAUGGAGUUUGCUAUGGAAUAUCUGCUAAGGGUAAAAAGUACUUUUAGAAAAUACAGAUGGAGCCUCCGUUAGGUGAAUGGGGCGUGUCUCCGGGCGCACACGCCCAUCCAGACGGAGACUCUCACAGUGACUAGGUGCGCCCAGGCAGGCGCGCCUAGUCACAGAAGGAGCAAAGAUAACGGAGGCUCCAUCGGUAGGAAGGUUAGACACAUCAGUGGGGUCAGUCCAAUUAGGUGCUAAUUUAUUUCACCGGCGAGGUCGCGCGGCAGCAGCUACACUUUUAUGGCAGCACAAAUUGUGCGAAUUAUGGCUAAAGUUUGGCCGCGAGUUUGAUGCCGUUGCUGACGUUGAAAUACCACGGUAGCAGCAACCCGCACCCUCCGCAUUUCAUUAGAUUGACCCCUAAUGAGUUAUUUUGACUUAGAAUUAACAAUGAAUGCACUGGCUGCAGCGAACGUGGGGAAAAUAGGGUGACUGGUGAGAUAAUGGGAACAGAGACUGGGGCCGGGAUGUAAUGAUGUCAGAGUUUGACGGCUGUGUGGGAUGCUGGCCGAACUCGGACGUUUUUUUUUAAAGGGGAAAUCAUUUACAGCCAUGACUAAAAUAAGAAUGACACAAGUAUUGGUUUUCACAAAUCUGCUGCCUCAGUUUUUCUGAUUGCAAUUUGCACAUACUCCAUAAUGCCAGAAUGUCAUGAAUAGUGAUCAGAUGAACUGCAAUUAAUUGCCAUGACAAUGAACUUAAUCCCAAAAACAACGUUUCCACUGCAUUUCAGCCCUGCCACAAAAAAGACCAGCUGGCCUCAUGUCAGUGAUUCUCGCGUUAACACAGGUGAGAGUGUUGACGAGGACAAGGCUGGUGAUCAUUCUGUCAUGCUGAUUGAAUAGAAUAAAAAACCUGGAAGCUUUAAAAGGAGGGUAGUGCUUGAAAUCAUUGUCCUUCCACUGUUAACCAUGGUUACCUGCAAGGAAACGCGUGCAGUCAUCAUUGCUUUGCACAAAAAGGGCUUCACAGGCCAGGAUAUUGCUGCUAGUAAGAUUGCACCUAAAUCAACCAUUUAUCAGAUCAUCAAGAACUUCAAGGAGAGAGGUUCAAUGUUGUGAAGAAGGCUUCAGGGCGCCCACGAAUUUCCAGCAAGCGCCAGGACCGUCUCCUAGAGUUGAUUCAGCUUUGGGACCGGGGCACCACCAGUGCAGAGCUUGCUCAGGAAUGGCAGCAGGCAGGUGUGAGUGCAUCUGCACGCACAGUGAGGGGAAGACUUUGGGAGGAUGGGCUGGUGUCAAGAAGGGCAGCAAAGAAGCCACUUCUCUCCAGGAAAACCAUCAGGGACAGACUGAUAUUCUGUAAAAGGUUUCAGGGAUUGGAUUGCUGAGAUCUAAGGUAAAGUAAUUUUCUCUGAUUAAACCCCUUUCAGAUUGAUUGGGGCAUCUGGAAAACCGCUUGUCUGGAGAAGGAAAGGUGAGCGCUACCAUCAGUCCUGUGUCAUGCCAGCAGUAAAGCAUCCUGAGACCAAUCAUGUGUGGGGCUGCUUCUCAGCCAAGGGAGGGAGCUCACUCACAGUUUUUCCUAGAAACACAGCCGUGAAUAAAGAAUGGAACCAAAACAUCCUCCAAGAGCAACUUCUCCCAACCAUCUGAGAACAGUUUGGUGAGGAACAAUGCCUUCUCCAGCAUGAUGGAGCACCUUGCCAUAAGCCAAAAAUGAUAACUAAGUGGCUCGGGGAACAAAACAUCGAAACUUUGGGUCCAUGGCCAGGAAACUCCCCAGACCUUAAUCCCAUUGAGAACUUUUGGUCAAUCCUCAAGAGGUGGGUGGACAAACAAAAACCCACAAAUUCUGACAUGUCCAAGCAUUUAUCAGUCAAGAAUGGGCGGCUAUUAGUCAGUAUGUAGCCCAGAAGUUGAUUGACAGCAUGCCAGAGCGAAUUGCAGAGGUCCUGUAAAAGAAAUGUUAGCACUGAAAAUAUUGAUUAAUGUAAUUGUCAAUAAAAGACUUUGACACUUAUGAAAUGCUUGUAAUUUUACUUCAGUAUACCAUAGUAACAUCUGACAAAAAGGUAUAAAAAAAAAAAUCUGAAAACCAAUACUUGUGUAAUUCUCAAAACAUUUGGCCAUAGCUGUACAAGGCAUGGUUUAGUCUUGUAAAUUAUUGCCCCUUUAAGAAAUGUCAGAGUUCGGCUGGCAUCCCGCACGGCCGCUGAACUUGAGUUUCAUUACAUCCUGCCCUGGAAGAGGGAUAGUGUUUGUUACUGACAGGCAUAUAUAUAAAUAUCAAUAGUAAUGUGAAAAAGGGAGCCUUGCGAUAAUAACGCUCUCUGGAGAUGGCGUUAAGUAGGGUGAUCCAGCUUUGUUGUCUGAAAAGUCCAGAAGCUGAUAAUUGUAAAAACAAUAAAAACAAAACAAAGAGCAAAUACUCGCCAGGCUCCUGCUCUGCGAACCCGGUCAGCUGUGCUGUAAACUGGCAUCUCCCUUUACAGCAUAUGAGAUGCCGCUUUACAGCACAACUGAUCUGGUGCCCGGCCCAGGAGCCUGGUGACCAGCUGACCAGAGGAAACACUCACCGAUCACUGGGCUGGUAAAUAGGAGCCGGAGGAGCAAGGGCGGAUCCUGGCGGCGCAUGCUCGGUACAAUCUCUGUAUUUUUCAUGAAAAAUACAGAGAAAUGUGGAUUCGCAGGGACAGUCUGUCCCUAAGUGUAAUAACUGAUGCAUCCCUAAAAUGUAUUCAAUUAUCGCAUUGUGGAUUGGGGCAAGUUUAUGUCAUCUGCAUCUGACAUGCGGAUUGUGAUAAUUAUCCCCAUCAGUGCUGUAUAUAGCAUUAAUAGCAUUAAACAAUGUGUGUUAUGUUUAUUCAAUACAUUUAACCACUUGCCUGGCAUGGUGGCAUCAGUUGCGACCACACCAGGCAGUGUUUUAUCUGACCUGGUCGCCCAGGAUGCGACCAGUCAGCCACUGGGUAAGUGUAAAACAACCUGCCAACCCAGACCCCCCCCCCCUCUGCCUGCCUUCUGGGUACCUGGCGGCUGUCCGGGCUCUAAAAGGUAAAAUUGCGAUGGUCACGAUGUUCUCGACUGAUGUUUGGGAGAGAGAACAUUUUUAAAAAAUAAAUUAACAUUUUUUUUCUUUUUUUUUUUCUUUUUUAAACUAAAAUAAUUUUUCAUAGGGUUAAAUUCAUAUUUUUCACCUAAUUCACUCAUAAAAAAAUGACCAUUUCUGAGCGUUUUUUGGGAAAAAAAUUGUCAGUUAAGUGGCUAGAAAUAUAUAAAGUUGUGUAUGGCUAUCAGCUGCUGCCAUUUAAUUAGCAAGUCCCGGAGCCUAGAAGCAAAUACUAAAUAGAGAACAAAUGAAGGCGUUACUAUUGAGUUGCUGUAUCAAAAUUUGAUUACAUUUAAUUUGAUACUAUUCACUUAUAAUUAACAUUUAAACAUCUGCAUAGUAUAGGAAUAUACAGUGUGUGUGUAUGUGUGUGUGUGUGUAUAUAUAUAUAUAUAUAUAUAUAUAUAAUUUAUUUAUACACACACACAUACAUAUAAUAUCUGUGGGUACAGAGUAGAACAAUGCAUUCAUAAAAUAUGGUUACUAAUGCUUACAGCUGUGUUUUAGUGGUAAUGUACAGAAAAUUAGGCUAUAGCUUAUGCAGAGUCUUAUUGGUGUAUAAAUAUAGUAUGGCUGAUUGAUAUACCAUCUGGAAAGUAUUCACAGCGCUUCACUUUUUCCACAUUUUCU